AUGACGGCGCUCGGUGCGCCCAAGGAAGAUGACUUUGAGGAAGAGUACACGCUGCGCCUGAUCCCGUCGAUCAAGAAGUACAACGUCGGCCGCUUCAACGAGCCAACGCUGCCCAACUUUAGCAAGUGCCCGCAGCCCGUGGUCAUGUACGAGGAGCCCGAGAAGGCGCCGGAAGAGGACGAAGAGAAGGACAAGGAGCCCGUGGGCUGGAACCCGGCGCUCCGGAAGCGUCGCCGUCGCCGCCGGAAGGACAACCGCAUUAAAAACUGGAUCAUCGAAGACAACGAAAGCAAGACCAAGUUUACGGGCACGGUCGAGGGCGGUGUCACGUCGACGUACAUGCUCAUGGUCAAGACGCCGCACAAGAACGAGUUCCAGGUCGUGCCGGUCGAGCAGUGGUUCCGCUUCAAGAAGCCGCUCAACUACCGCACACUGACGCUCGAAGAAGCCGAAGAGUUCAACAACGAGAAGAAGCGCGCUGUUGAGCGCUGGCUCAUGAACCACAACCUCGCUGGUGAGAAGAAGAACGAUACGGAGGUCGUGCCCACGUCGAGCAUCAAGACGGGCGCGCUCAAGUCGGCGGGGGCCGCGGCUGCCGCCAAGUCGGACGAUAUCUUUACCGUUGCCGAGACCAAAGGCGGACGCCGCCGACCGCGCAAGGCGGCGGCCGAAGGCGACCCCACCGGCGACGACGGCGGUGACUUUGACGAAGUGUUUGACGACGACGAGAGCGGCCACGAGAUCGAGGGCGGUAACAAGGGCGUUGCCGCCGAGUCCGAGUCGAGCGACGACGAGAUGGAAGACGGCAGUAAGGACAAGAAGGCCGCCGUGUCCCUCGACGAGCUCCUCAAGCGCACGCAGGAGCAGAGCAAGAAGGAUGGCGCGGUCGAGAACGGCGACAAGGAGUCGGACGACGACGACGACAAGGAGUCGGGUGGCGCGCAGAAGUACGACUACGACGACUAUGGCAGCCUCAUCACCAACAAGCCCGCGGAAGGGACGGCCGAUGCGGCGGCGGCGCCGACCGAAACCAAGCCGGCGGCCCCGGCCAAGCCUGCACCGGGGAAGCGUGCGCUGGACGACAAGGCCGACGAGUCGAGCAACAAGAAGUCCAAGACGUCGACGCAGCUCAAGCUCACGGAGGCGGGUGUCCAGGAAGAGCUCAUUCGCUUUGGCGGGCGCAUGAAGACCCGCGAUUUGAUCAAGCGCCUCAAGAAGUUUUUGAUUACAAACGAAGACAAGGCGCUGCUGCGUGAUAUUCUGCGGACGAUCUGCGACAAGGAGGAAGACCCGGUCGACGGUGUCUACAUGGUGCUCAAGACGCAGUUCCGUUAG